GGGGGGCCCGACAUGGCAGUGCAGGAUCCGCGCCCCAACCACACCAUCUACAUCAACAACCUGAAUGAGAAGAUUAAAAAGGAUGAGUUGAAAAAAUCCCUCUAUGCGAUUUUUUCGCAAUUUGGUCAAAUCCUGGAUAUCCUGGUGUCGCGCAGCUUGAAGAUGAGGGGUCAGGCCUUCGUCAUCUUCAAGGAGAUCAGCAGUGCCACCAAUGCCCUGCGCUCCAUGCAGGGCUUCCCCUUCUAUGACAAACCCAUGCGCAUCCAGUAUGCCAAGACGGAUUCGGAUAUCAUUGCCAAAAUGAAAGGAACAUUUGUCGAACGCGACCGGAAACGAGAAAAAAGAAAACCCAAAAAUCAAGACACACCCGCAGCAAAGAAAACCGCAGCUGGAACUGGAGCGGCGGCAGCAGGCGGCGUUCAGGGAACCGUCCCGGGAAUGCCGCCGUUGAACCAGGCUCCCCGUAUGAUGCACCAUAUGGCGGGGCAGCCCCCCUAUAUGCCCCCGCCGGGGAUGAUCCCCCCACCCGGCAUGACUCCUGGUGGUAUUCCCCCGGGGGCCAUGCCCCCCCAGCAAGUGAUGCCGGGCCAGAUGCCCCCGGCGCAGCCAUUAUCGGAGAACCCACCGAAUCACAUCCUCUUCCUCACCAACCUGCCUGAGGAGACCAACGAGCUGAUGCUCUCCAUGCUCUUCAACCAGUUCCCUGGUUUUAAGGAGGUGCGGUUGGUACCGGGCCGGCAUGACAUCGCCUUCGUUGAGUUCGAUAACGAGGUGCAGGCAGGGGCUGCCCGCGAUGCCCUCCAGGGCUUCAAGAUCACCCAGAACAACGCCAUGAAGAUCUCCUUCGCCAAAAAGUGA